CUUCAACAAAGCCUCCGCUCCAACUUACGUCCUCCCCCUGGAAAACAUUGUACCUGUCCGGGGGCUAAUUUUUAGUUUGCACGUAAUCGCAAUCUCUAAUCGCCGGCGCCUUUUUUUGCCUUUCGGCUUUUCCGAGAGCGGCACAAUAAGAGGUGGUUCUGACCUUCUCCUCUUCGUGCUGCUUUUUUUGCCAUUGUGACGAGCGUGUGGCUCGUUAUACGCACCUACACCACACAUCCCAACCGCAGCUAUGACUUCGCAUGACGACCGGGAAAAGGGUCCGGAGGUGAGCCUCACGGUCGACGAGCAGCCGAGUCAUACGCAACGGCCGAAAUGCUUUAGCUCGACUUUGCAGGAAUGUCUGUUCGUUUUGACUGCCACAAUGGCAAUUGGCCAGCAGUCUUUUUUCCAGGGCUGUAUCGUGGGUGUGACAGCGUCAAUUGGAUCGGAUCUGAAUAUGAACUCGGCGGAAAUUACGUGGAUUAAUGCCGGUGCCUCUCUCAGCAGCGGUGCUUUCCUCCUAACAUUCGGCAAAUUAGCCGACAUGUUCGGACGAAAAGCGCUUUUCAUCAUCGGCAUGGCGGGCUUCACGCUCUCCCUGCUAGUAGCCGGUUUCGCCACGAAUGCCAUCUACAUGGACGUAUUCUCCGGAAUUCUAGGCCUCUUCGCUGCCGCCGUCGUGCCACCGGCCGUGGGCGCAUUAGGCGCCGUCUACGAAAGGCCAUCUCAACGAAAGAAUCGUGCCUUUGCAUGUUUUAGCGCGGGGAAUCCGCUCGGCUUCGUGGGUGGUAUGAUUAUCUCCGGUGUUGCGUCGUAUGAGUAUAACUGGCGUGCGUCUUUCUGGGCGUUGGCGGUUGUUUAUGCGAUUUUCACGGUGUUGACAGUUUGGACGGUGCCGGCGGAUGACUUUGCCAGGACGCCGAUGAGCAUGGAUGCGGUUCGGAAGUUCGACCUUUUGGGGACGGGCUUGAUUGUUGUUGGGUUUGCAUUCUUUUCGAGCUCGCUUUCAUUGGCCGGUGAUGCGCCCGAUGGAUGGAAGACGGGCUAUGUACUUGCUCUUCUGAUUGUGGGCGUUUUCUUGCUCGCGGGGUUCUUAUAUUGGCAGUCUAUUGCUGAAGAACCCUUGAUGCCUUUGUGGGUUUGGAAAGAUCGCAAUUUCUCCUUGCUCAUGGCAACCUUCUGCCUCGGAUUCAUGGGCUUUUCAGCCACCUCCUUCUACCUAUCUCUCUACCUUCAGGAAGUCAAGCACCUCACAGCUCUCGAUAUCACAGUCCGCCUCCUACCCAUGGUUGUCAGUGGCGUGCUGGUCAACGUAAUCUGUGGCCUGGUCCUACACCGUGUAAGCAAUAAGCUACUCACCGGUAUCGGUGCUCUAGCAUACACUGCAUCAUUUUUGAUUCUGAGCUUCAUGAAAGAAGACGCUAUCUACUGGGCUUACAUCUUCCCGGCGCUGGUCCUCAUCGUGGUCGGUGCGGAUAUCCAGUUCAACGUUACGAAUAUGUACGUGAUGUCUUCUCUCCCGCCAAAUCAGCAAUCGAUUGCGGGUGGUAUCUUCAACACUGUCAGCAAGCUCUGCAACAACCUUGGCCUCGGUAUCGCAACCUCCGUCAGCAGCUCAAUCGCUAGUCAAAUGACUGCCUCCACACCGGCUAUCCGGCCUUAUUUGGCAGUCUACUGGUUCGCCACUGCUUGUGCGGGCUUGUCAGUGUUCAUGGUGCCUUUCUUGACGCUAGGCACGCAAGGCGGGGAUACGAGCUUGAAUGAUGAACGAACCGUCGUGGCCUCUGAUCAUGAAGGGGAGACGGGGGAGAAGAGGGCCGUUGACGACUCCAUCAUGGGUGCGGAUACUCGCGUCGCAACGCCAGUCACGGAACUCGAGAAGUCAUGAUACUUUCUCGAUAUAAAAGUUGCGGGGGAAAUUCUCCCUGGGUUUCCUGGGAAGCUAAGGGUGGUUAUUACGCUGUCUUUUGUUGAGGGCGGAUCUGGAAAUCUGUCCGGCUUGGCCCUUACUACGUUGCCGUGAACCACUCGGUCUCAGUUGUCUCGGUUCUUCAUAGACUUUAUAGACUUAAUACACAUCAAAGAUAUUGGUUCAUGGACGU